UAUAAAUGACAAAAGUAAGAAACAUGUGGUCGUGUUAAAUAAAACGUAACGUCAAAACUUCAGACACCCUCGUGGUUUGUUUACAAACUUUAGCCGAGUGCACAAACUGGAAAAGUAAAGAACGUAGCCAAAAUAAGAUGAGUUUCAGAAAUUAUAAGGAUAAAAUUGAGGAAGGAGAUACAGCAAUACUUUACCUGAGUAACAACCUAUACGCCAUAGAUGUUCGGCCGGAAAUGAAAAAUAAAAAGGGUGAAAUAGUAGAGAAUGUGUACCAAACUCCUUUCGGUGCUUUAAAAGUAAGAACUCUAAUUGGAGCCAACUAUGGAAGCCGGGCGAAGCACAGAGACAUAUUGGCGGAUGGUUUCGGUGAGGAACUGAACGGUAAAGCUGAUGCAGUGUUCCUCGAUUUGCCAAGCCCUUGGAUUGGAGUGCCUCAUGUACUCAAUGCUAUUAAGGAUCAAGGUUAG